CAGUUCUCAUGUCAAAGUAUUGUUUGGUAUUGUUUACUAUACUACAAAGUUGUCUUGAAGAUUUGUGAUUUGGUUUAAAUUUGUGAAUUUAUUUGUUAAAAUGUACCGGACAGACAAGCAGUUUAUGAAGAAUCCGGCGACGGCUUCUUCGAGGAUCUACAUUGGAAAUCUGGCGGAAGGAGUCGUGCCGAAUAACCUGGAAGAAAAGUUUGGUUCUCAUGGUAAAAUUCUUGGUUUGGUCGUGCAACGCGGCUUCGGUUUCAUCCAAUUCGAAAACGAAUCGCAAGCAGAGUUGGCAAUAAAAAACGAGCAUGGAACUAUGCUCUUUGGUCGCAAGAUAAAUGUGAGGCAAGCCAUCGAGAACACAAGAUCUAAGGCCAACCAGCAGAAGCAGCAGCAGAUGCAACAGCACUACUUAGACUUCCAAAGUAAUAAGCAGAAGCCUCCUCCGCUUAUAAAAGAGGAUAAUGGAAAGCCGCACAAUGAUAUUCCUCCUUUGAUGCAACCUCAGGUACCGAUAACACAAAAACCUCCAGUUGUCCAACAGCCAUCAGAGACUAACACUCCACAACAUCCUGCAACUCCUCAACAUCAAGCACCACCUCCACAACAUCAAGUUCCUCCUCCUCAACACCAAGCUCCUCCUCCACAGCAUCAAGCUCCUCCUCCUCAACAUCAAGCUCCUCCUCCACAGCAUCAAGCUCCUCAACAACAUCAACCAUUGCAACAAGGUCAGCACAUGAAAGAUGAUAUGCCUAUUGAUAAAAGGAUUAAGCGCAAUAAGGGCAGACAAGGCAUGAACAAACGUGACUUCCGUGAUGAUGCACCUCCUUACUAUGAACCUCCUCCUUAUCAAUCAACAUAUCAACCUCCCCCACAUAUUGAGAGACCUGAAAGGAACGACUGUGAAAUUAUUGUAGUUUCCAAAGCAUUAACAGAGUAUGCAGAAUAUAUUGAGCAGCAUUUAAAAUCCCUUGGCUUAAUAGUUGAUCUAUUGUUUCCCAAUGAGGAUGUGCCUAUUGGACGGGUAUUAGCCAAUAUAUCGAGUCGAGGUUGUUUAUACGCUAUUUUGAUAAUGCCUCAAAAUGAAGAACAUAGAUCGCUCACCUUGAACGUUUUACACGGAGUACCUGAAGAGCACAGAAAUAUGCCUGCAGAUGACGCAUUCGUUUUCAUCACACGUAAUUUUGAGGCUUACAUGAGAGGUGGAUCGACGGAUACUCAAAGCGACAAAUUGACUUUGAACAGUAGACAUCCAGAGAAUAUACAGGUCGUGAUCAAUCUGUUGGCUGAAAACAGGCAGAUUAAGACGAGUCAAUACGAUCGACUGAUUAAAUAUCUUGAGGAGAGGCGUGUUCUGCAAGGACAAUUCGAAAUCUCUGAAGGUAUCGACGGUGGAGUUGUACCACAUGUCACUAAGCAAGCUGAGCUGCAGAGCCGCAUCAUGAGUAUAUUGAAUAAGAAAGAAGAGGAUUUGCCAAGGAUAACUGAGAAAUCCGGUCCAGAGAAUGCUCCGCUCUUGAAUGAUCCUUCGGUUCAGAAAGCUUUGGAUAGUUUACUGUUAGGGGACGUGCUCAAAGGGUUAACUUCAUGAAUUCAAAUGCAUUUUAUUAUAUAAUUUUCAUACUUAAAUCAAACUUUGUACAG